AACCCCUCCACCAUCGAUGAAAUGAAGACACGGAGACUUCAUAGAUAUGUCCGGGGACUCAUGUAGCGCCCAAUCGAUGCAUCUAUCUCGUAUGCCCAUCGAUGCAGUCUCUAUCUACGGGUAGUUGUAAUCCUCGGACUGACCAUGUCUGAGGAAGCUGUCAAUAUUCGACACUACGACCGCACGUCACGAGAUAUGAACAGAGAUACGGAUUUCUAUAAGGACACAAAUGUGCUCUUGACUGCGCCCAUUUUGUCGCCCCUCCCACGACUUGUCGCUACACCAACCGCCUACUCUGGUAGCUGCCUCGCCCUUAGUCCCCAGCUCAUCGCGUACCUCCAAACCCUCCUCGCCCCACCGCCAUGUAUCGCAGUCUCGAUAGGAAGUGGCUUUGGCCUCCUUGAAGCAUAUCUCAUGACUGGCCCUAGUACAUUUCAUGUCAUCGGUGUAGAGGUUGCGCCGGGCCCUAACAAAUACCUUCCCCCCUCCCACCACCGCCUCGUCAAUGGCACCCGCUUCCUUGAACCCUUGGCGGAACAAGCCCAGAUCUGGCUGUUUGUAUAUCCAAGACGCGUUGGCCUGAUUCAGGAAUACAUGGCGGCAUACGGCCAGGGAGCUGUGGAGAGGAUAAUAUGGGCCGGGCCCAAGGCCGAUUGGGACGACUACAGACCAUGCUUUGCCGACUGGACUGUACAAGAGCAAGAGGCCGAUAUGGUCGGUGGGCGUGGGUGGGAGAUGAUUGUUGUUGUAGAUAAAAAGUCGGCCUGAGAUUAGGUGCUGCAAGAUCAGAGUUAUAUUGGAAACAUUGGUUUUGCAAGCACUUGUGAAUCUUGCAUGUUGUGAAAGGAAAUAGCCUACAAAUCUUUCUCUUCGUUCUUAGAGCAGAUGCGCAUGUGAAAAAAGCUUGGAUAUCCUGCAAGCCGGAAAUCGCUCGACUGCCAAUCCUGAGCUGCGUAGCUGGCUUGCUCUGGGUUAUUCUCCCUGCGAAGAAUCACACGACUACUCCAUAUACAAGCAACGAAUAUGGAUAGUAUCGUCUUCCAGUACUC